CACUGCAUUCGGGUAGUGUGUAUGUGGCAGCCGAUUGCAAUUGUGCUGAAGUUCCCGGGACUUGAGAAAAACACCUUCAGUGACCCGAAAAUUCCAUAAAAUCCGCACACUAAGCACUCCCAGGCCACUCACGUGACUGCCCGUGAUUGAUUUGUGGUGAAAUCGUAGUGGGAAAUUGCGUUGUUCAGUGUGAAAAUUGUGGGUGAAAAAAAAGUGUUCCCUCUGCCAAAGUGGAUGUCAGCCAUGUUUGGUCGCUGAAAUUGCGCUGCCAUCGAGGAAAAAAAGGCGUUUUCAGCUCGCUGUCCGGAAAGUGUGUUCUUGUGACCGGAAUAUCCGGCUGUGUGUUGGGUGAAGGACACCAAAUUGUGGCUUAUUAUCUUCCGUUGGACCCCUUUCAUUGAUUUUUGUGUGCAGCUGAAGCGAAGGAGGACAAAAUGACGGAUUUACCAAUUAGAUUCCAAGAGCACUUGCAGCUCGCAAGUGUUGGAAUCAAUACAAAUUCCAUCUCAUUCAGCACUUUGACGAUGGAAUCGGACAAAUUCAUCUGUGUUCGUGAAAAAGUUAGCGAUACGAAUCAGGUGGUUAUUAUUGAUAUGAAUGAUACCUCCAAUCCCAUUCGGAGGCCCAUCAGCGCAGAUUCGGCUAUCAUGAAUCCAGCCAGCAAGGUUAUUGCGCUCAAAGCACAAAAAACUCUGCAAAUCUUCAACAUUGAGAUGAAGUCGAAGAUGAAGGCUCACACAAUGACAGAAGAUGUGGUAUUUUGGAAGUGGAUCUCCCUCAAUACCCUGGCUCUGGUCACACAGAAUUCCGUCUAUCACUGGUCCAUGGAGGGCGAAUCGACGCCAGUGAAGACCUUCGAUAGACAUUCCUCACUCAAUAGUUGUCAGAUUAUCAACUAUCGAACGGAUCCCAAGCAGCAGUGGCUUCUACUUGUUGGAAUUACUGCACUAGAGAAUCGUGUUGUGGGUGCUAUGCAGUUGUAUUCGGUGGAAAGAAAAUGCUCUCAGGCAAUUGAGGGUCAUGCUGCAUCCUUUGCCACCUUCAAAAUGGAAAAGAAUCCCGAACCAUCGGUUCUAUUUUGUUUUGCCGUACGAACAAUUCAGGGUGGAAAGUUGUAUAUUAUUGAAGUGGGAACACCACCAACGGGCAAUCAGGCAUUUACAAAGAAAUCUGUUGAUGUCUUCUUUCCGCCAGAAGCCCAAAAUGACUUUCCAGUGGCGAUGCAGGUGUCAGAAAAGUAUGAUGUCAUCUAUUUGAUCACAAAAUAUGGCUAUAUUCAUUUGUAUGACAUUGAAACGGCCACUUGUAUCUACAUGAAUCGCAUUUCGGCUGAAACGAUUUUUGUGACUGCGCCGCAUGAAGCGAGUGGCGGAAUUAUUGGGGUUAAUCGUAAGGGACAGGUAUUGAGUGUGACUGUCGAAGAGGACAACCUUAUUCCGUAUAUUACGAAUACGCUGCAAAAUCCGGAUUUAGCACUCAGAAUUGCUGUACGGAACAAUCUGUCCGGGGCUGAGGAGUUGUUUGUGCACAAGUUUAACAAUCUCUUCCAGAAUGGGCACUAUGCUGAGGCAGCAAAGGUGGCUGCCUUGGCACCUAAGGGUAUUCUGCGUACUCCACAGACAAUUCAGAGUUUUCAGCAAGUGCAGACUCCGGCUGGUGCAACGUCGCCUCCACUUUUGCAAUAUUUCGGAAUUUUGUUGGAUCAGGGCAAGUUGAACAAGUACGAAUCGCUUGAAUUGUGUCGUCCGGUUUUGCUGCAGGGUCGGAAGCAGCUGUGUGAGAAGUGGCUGAAGGAGGAGAAACUGGAAUGUAGUGAGGAAUUGGGUGAUUUGAUCAAACCCACCGAUUUGACCCUUGCUCUGUCCAUCUAUUUGCGCGCAAAUGUCCCCAACAAGGUUAUUCAGUGCUUUGCCGAAACGGGUCAGUUCCAAAAGAUCGUCCUCUAUGCCAAGAAGGUCAACUAUACUCCAGACUAUGUCUAUUUGUUGCGUUCGGUGAUGCGAACCAAUCCGGAACAAGGAGCUGGAUUUGCUGGUAUGCUGGUUGCAGAUGAGGAACCUCUCGCGGAUAUUAAUCAAAUCGUUGACAUCUUCAUGGAACAGAACAUGGUUCAACAGUGUACGGCUUUCCUUCUUGAUGCUCUCAAGCAUAAUCGUCCGAAUGAAGGUCCCUUGCAGACGCGUCUGCUUGAGAUGAACCUCAUGUCAGCACCUCAGGUUGCUGAUGCUAUUUUGGGUAACGCUAUGUUUACUCACUACGAUCGAGCUCACAUUGCUCAGCUGUGCGAGAAAGCCGGACUCCUCCAGCGUGCCCUUGAGCACUAUACUGACCUCUACGACAUCAAGCGUGCAGUUGUGCAUACUCAUCUCCUCAAUGCUGACUGGCUCCUCAGCUUCUUCGGUACUCUGUCCGUUGAGGAUUCCCUGGAGUGUCUUAAAGCCAUGCUAACGGCAAAUAUUCGUCAAAAUCUUCAGAUUUGCGUACAAAUUGCAACAAAGUAUCACGAACAACUAACAACAAAAGCAUUGAUUGACCUCUUCGAGAGCUUCAAGAGCUACGAAGGACUAUUCUACUUCCUGGGUUCCAUUGUCAACUUCAGUCAAGAUUCCGAAGUUCACUUCAAGUACAUCCAAGCUGCAUGCAAAACCACCCAGAUCAAGGAAGUUGAAAGGAUUUGCCGUGAAUCUAAUUGCUACAAUCCCGAACGCGUUAAGAAUUUCCUGAAGGAAGCUAAGCUAACGGAUCAACUUCCACUCAUCAUCGUUUGCGAUCGUUUUGACUUUGUUCACGAUCUCGUUCUGUAUCUCUAUCGUAACAAUCUGCAGAAGUACAUUGAGAUCUAUGUUCAGAAGGUUAAUCCAUCGAGAUUGCCUGUUGUCGUUGGUGGGUUGUUGGAUGUUGAUUGCUCGGAAGACAUCAUCAAGAACCUGAUUCUAGUGGUCAAGGGGCAAUUUUCAACUGACGAACUAGUUGAAGAGGUGGAGAAGCGCAAUAGACUUAAGCUUCUGCUACCAUGGUUGGAAUCCCGUGUCCAUGAAGGAUGUACCGAACCAGCAACUCACAAUGCAUUGGCUAAGAUCUACAUUGACUCCAAUAAUAAUCCAGAACGAUUUCUUCGUGAGAAUCAAUUCUAUGAUAGUCGUGUUGUUGGACGCUACUGCGAGAAGCGUGAUCCUCAUUUGGCUUGUGUGGCCUAUGAACGUGGUCAGUGCGAUAGGGAAUUGAUUGCUGUAUGCAACGAGAAUUCUCUGUUUAAGUCAGAAGCACGCUAUCUCGUACGUAGACGCGAUCCUGAACUCUGGGCUGAGGUUCUAUCUGAAGCCAAUCCUUACAAGCGUCAGUUGAUCGAUCAGGUGGUACAGACGGCACUGAGUGAGACUCAAGAUCCUGAUGAUAUCUCCGUAACGGUUAAGGCUUUCAUGACGGCCGAUUUGCCGAAUGAACUUAUUGAACUACUAGAGAAGAUCGUAUUGGACUCUUCCGUCUUCUCGGAUCAUCGUAAUUUGCAGAACUUGCUGAUUUUGACGGCGAUCAAAGCUGAUCGAACCCGAGUGAUGGACUACAUCAAUCGCUUGGAUAACUACGAUGCUCCGGAUAUUGCUAAUAUUGCUAUUAGCAAUCAACUGUACGAAGAAGCAUUUGCGAUUUUCAAGAAGUUCGAUGUCAAUACAUCAGCUAUUCAGGUGCUGAUUGAGCAAGUUGAGAAUCUAGAAAGGGCCAAUGAGUUUGCAGAGCGUUGCAAUGAGCCAGCUGUUUGGUCUCAGCUUGCCGGGGCUCAGUUGCAGAAGGGAUUGGUUAAGGAAGCCAUUGAUUCCUACAUCAAAGCUGAUGAUCCAAGUGCGUAUAUGGAUGUGGUAGAGACCGCUAGCAAGAAUGAGUCCUGGGAUGAUUUGGUGCGAUAUCUACAGAUGGCACGUAAGAAGGCUCGUGAGAGCUACAUCGAGAGCGAAUUGAUCUAUGCCUAUGCAAGAACUGGACGCUUAGCUGACCUUGAAGAAUUCAUCUCGGGUCCAAAUCAUGCUGAUAUUCAGAAAAUUGGAGAUAGAUGCUUCAACGACGGCAUGUACGAUGCUGCCAAAUUGCUGUACAACAAUGUCAGCAACUUUGCCAGAUUGGCAAUCACUCUGGUGCACCUCAAGGAGUUCCAGGGAGCUGUAGAUAGUGCUAGAAAGGCCAAUUCUACACGCACCUGGAAGGAGGUGUGCUUUGCAUGUGUAGAUGCUCAGGAGUUCCGUCUGGCGCAAAUGUGUGGUCUUCACAUUGUUGUCCAUGCCGAUGAACUUGAGGACCUGAUCAAUUACUAUCAGGAUCGUGGGCACUUUGAGGAACUCAUUGCCCUCCUUGAAGCUGCUUUGGGACUCGAACGUGCCCAUAUGGGAAUGUUUACAGAAUUGGCUAUUCUCUAUUCCAAAUACAAGCCAAGCAAGAUGCGUGAACAUCUGGAGUUGUUCUGGUCCCGUGUCAAUAUCCCGAAGGUACUUCGGGCUGCCGAACAGGCUCACUUGUGGUCCGAAUUGGUGUUCCUAUAUGACAAGUAUGAGGAAUACGAUAAUGCCGUUCUCGCUAUGAUGUCCCAUCCAACUGAAGCCUGGCGAGAGGGUCACUUUAAGGAUAUCAUUACGAAAGUGGCCAAUAUUGAGCUGUACUACAAAGCUAUUCAGUUCUAUCUGGACUACAAGCCUCUUCUGCUCAAUGAUAUGCUACUGGUGUUAGCUCCAAGAAUGGAUCACACACGGGCUGUUGGUUUCUUCACAAAGACCAACCAUCUGCAGUUGGUGAAGCCCUAUUUGCGAUCUGUGCAGAAUUUGAACAACAAAGCUAUCAAUGAGGCACUCAAUGGGCUGCUGAUCGAAGAGGAGGACUACCAGGGCUUGAGGACAUCAAUAGAUGCUUUUGACAACUUUGACAACAUUGCCCUGGCGCAGAAGCUGGAGAAGCACGAACUGACAGAGUUCAGACGCAUUGCUGCCUAUCUGUACAAAGGCAACAACCGCUGGAAGCAGAGCGUGGAACUCUGCAAGAAGGAUCGUCUCUUCAAGGACGCCAUGGAGUAUGCGGCUGAAUCGCAUCAACAGGAAAUUGCUGAGGAACUUCUUGGGUGGUUCCUGGACAGAGGAGCUUUUGAUUGCUUUGCUGCCUGUUUAUUCCAGUGCUACGAUCUUCUUCGACCUGAUGUAAUCCUCGAAUUGGCUUGGAGACACAACAUCAUGGACUUUGCAAUGCCGUAUUUGAUUCAGGUGAUUCGUGAGUAUACAUCGAAGGUGGACAAACUGGAGCUGAAUGAGGCUCAGCGUCAGCAGGAGGGUGAACAGGCUGAGCACAAGUCCAUGAUUCUGCCGGAGCCACAGUUGAUGCUGACUGCUGGACCCGGAAUGGGCGUCCCUCCGCAAUAUGCCCAAGCCUACGGAGUCCCAGGCUACGCGCCCAACAUGCCCUACCAGGGCUACGGUAUGUAGGGAGAGAGUCUCCUGUUGGGCGGCCUAGCCAAGCCCUCGCAGCAUUUAGUGAAGAUCCUAGCACUCAGCUUUGACAUUUUCAAGUCCAUCUUGAGUCGUACAAUUCGCAUGUAGAACGCGCGCCCCAUUUUAUCCCAUUUGUCCCCAUCACCACAUUUUUUUUCUUUUCGCGUCUUAAAUUUCAUAAAGUCAAACCUCCAAAAAAAAAACGGUCUUCUAGGUUUUUUGUUUGUCCAAACUUUAGCACACGCUUCAGAGUCCAAAAAAGAAAAAAACUGGUGAGCAUUAGUUGUGUGUACAUACAAAAUAUCUACAUAAAAAAAAUUGAAUAUAUAAAAUAGUUUAAAAAAAAAAGUGAGGUGAAAAGAAUUGUGAAAAAUAAUUGUAAACGUUAAGAAUAACUUGAUUCUUGAAUAGAAGUAGAAAGAGAGAGAGAUAUAAACAAUUGAAGAAAAGAGAGAAAACAUCAAAUUCAUUGACGCACUGAAAGUUUAACUUAUGAAUUAUUAAAGAAAAAAGAGAGAAUAAAAAUCGAAAUUAGUUUAAAAAUUAAAAUAAUUCAAAUUUUUUUGACGUUAACGAGGAAGAGAUCAACUUUUUUUUUGUUUUUGGGAAAGAAGGGGUUAGAAAAUGUGAAGGGAAAUUGACUAAAAAAAAAUGCUUUCAGUAUUUAAAAAAAAAUAAGAAUUAUUUUUGGAACGGAAAGAUAGAUGUGAAGAAAAAUUAGAAGGGGAUUUUUUUCGUGUAAUAUUUACUUAUAAAUUGCUGAGGUUUUAACAAAGUAAAAAAAAAUUUCUAAAGAUAUAUUACAAAAAAAAAAGAAAA